AUGGUCUCGGAAAACCGCCGCCCGACGCGGCACGACCAGCACGAGACCAGCGGCCUCCCGGCGCCCGUGCUGCGGAGCGUCGUGCUCCGCAUGAACGACGCGUUUCCCAAGCUCUACGAGAAGUGGGACGUCAAGGGCUGCAUGCGCAAGAACUGGUCGUUACUCUUCGAGCGCCUCGACACGGACAAGAGCGGCCGCCUCGACUACGACGAGUUCAAGACCGCGCUCACCGACGUGCUGGAGAUCCCGAUCCGAAGCAAGGACUCCAAGGUCCCCCGGAAGGAAGGGGAGAUAAAAGAAGAAGAGUUGGAAGGAUUGUGGGCGUAUGUGGACCACGACAAGAGCGGCGAAGUGACCAUCGACGAGUUCCAGCACGCCUGCUACUUGCUCAUAUUAGAUGACUGGCCCGUGCUCCAGAAGGCAACUUUACAACGCAUCUGCCAGCAGCUGAACGAUGCAUGUGUACAUGAAUAUUCGAAGGAGGGCAGCGGUGUCACGGACGGCAACUGGUUCAAAAUUUUUGGCCACUUCGACACCGAUGAAUCGGGAAGAAUGGGCUUCGAAGAACUCGAAGGUGUGACGCGCAUGCGGGACCCCGGCCUCAACCUCAGUGAAGCAGAUUUAACGUUGGACGAACUGCGGGGCCUCUGGCGGGCUUUGGAUGUUGAUUUUUCAGGCCUGGUCGACGUCGACGAGUUCAUGCACUUCAUGAAGGACCACGGGCCCCAGAUGCACCAAUUGACGGAAUAUUCCAAACAAAUGCGCGGUUUGGAGUCGCGGGCGACUACACCCUCUGGUGCUACCAAGGAGAAGAAGCCGAAAGUUGAGAAGAAGCCGGGCGUCUACUACCAACCUAAACAAAAGAAGCGGUAUACUGGAAGACCGAAUAAGGCCGAGGCGCGCGGUGCUGCGUUAGCUUUUUCGACGGCUUCUGCCUUCGUCGACACGUUUUCCGAUCUGGCGAAGGCCGACGACGGCUCCAAGGCUUUAUUAAGGCGCUACGCCGAGACGCAUAUUAGUGGGAGUGUUCCUAGAGUGAGAAAGCCCACUCCCAUCAAGUUAAGUAAAAGAAAGAGGGUGGUUCAACCAAUGGACUUGGAUAACCUCGAGGCCCCGCGCCCGAAGACGCCGCCGCCUCCUAUCAUAAUUGAGCGGGACCCGGGCGUCGGCUGCUGCGAGCCGCCCCAUUUGGACCCGCGGAGCGAGUUCUCCGCGUCCCAAAAAAUCGACGGGCCUCGGAAGGCGGCGAUGCCCCAAAAGCAGCGCGACGCUAUUAAGAAACGCAAGGCCGCCGCGCGCCUCGAGGAGAUCCAUCAAAUGCCUUUAGGCGACGCCGCGCGGGCGCUCAUGUCCGAUUGGGCUUCCACAAAAGAGGGCGGCGCGAUCCUGAGCCACGCGCCCCAGCUACCCCUACAUAUUUUUGACGACGCGGACCACGUCGAGGUCGCUACCAUAGCUUGGCGGAAGUAUGGUGGAAAGCCCGUGGCCGUCGCGUUGCGGCAGGACCGCUCGCCGAGUGAUCAGGUCUCGGACUUUGAACGAAGGUUGGGGCGGUGGGUGCCCUGUACCAUCUUGCAGCAUUCUGACGACGGCGACGGGCGCAACCACCGCGUGAAAUGGUUCGACGACCCCUGGCCGCCUGAAAGUUGGGUCCCGGCCGUCGCGACGAUCGGUGCCUGGCAGGACCGGUUCGUGUCGAUCAAUCGGUUGCAGGGGGCUCUUAUAAGGCGCGCCGCUUGUGAAGAAAGACUACGCCUCCGCCACUUCUUCGCGUCGGCGCCUUUGUGCAAAAAAGUCAUCGCAAAUUUGAGGAACGAGCUCUUUCCCACUUUAGACGAACGUGUACAUAGAGAAACGAAGCCCUGGCGCAACGAUGUUCAAUUAGCCAAGGAAAUGGACGAGGCCGAGCGCGACUACGUCAUCGAGAUGCAGGGUUUUAUAUUCGCCCAGUUGGCCAAGGCAGCCUUCGCCGGCGAGGCUCCAUCGAGAGACGUGCGCUUCCUCUCGUCGGACGGGACAUUAGAUUUGCCUGCGUUGGAUGCCCUGGCGGUCAAGUUCGCGCCGGGUUACUGUACGGCCGAACUUGAUGAUUUUGACAGGGACGCCUUCGUUUCGAAGGAUACGCACCGGCGGUUCCUCCUGGCGAAGCACGCCCUGCUCCACGUCGCUCCUGAGGCUUCGGAAGCGAUUGAUGACGAGGAUGUGGAGGAGGGACAACAUGCGAAUUGGAUUUCAAGUAAGUGGGGCACUUCUGACGAACCGACGGCGGACGAGGGCUACCGUAUUGAUGGUAAUGCCUCGCCCGCUCGAAAACCGGUCGUCCUGCCGCUCAAGGCCGGCUUGACGCGGGAGAUCCAUUUUCCUGAUGAUGUGGUUGAUAAGCACGACGACGGCCAUUUUAACGAAUUGCACCCGUUUGUGGGCUCCAGAUUUGCUCUGUGCGCGACGCAGGGGGCUCAAAAGAUCAUUGCGACGCAUUCGUUAGAUGCCACAUUCCUUGUCCACCGCCCUGUACAGCUCUCGCCGGCGGCCUUUCAGCGCCUCUUCUCCGAGGUCCUGAGUAAAGGCCUCCCGGCCGUUGAGAAAACCUGGCCGAAGGACGUCGGCGAGGCCUUGCGGACAGGCCUGACCGGCCUCGUGGAGCCGUGCUUCGACCCGACGCGCGUCGAGUACCACGGGGACCUCUUCGACACGCGCAAGUCGCCCCAGGAGCCGCUGCGGCGCUUGCUGGAGCGGACGCGGUACGCCAUGGCCACGGAGCUGGAUACGGCGCUGCGGAUCGCGACUGCGAGAUACGUCGAAGCCGUCGAGGAGACUUGUAGGGACGAUCGAUUCCUACGAAAACCCUGGUUCCGCCUCGACCUCGACAUCGACAUAAAGGAUGAUCUAAAUGACGACAUGACGGCCUCGGAGAAGCGCAAGGUCCAGAAGCAGUGGUCCUUUGCGAAGAAGGGCCAGCUCCGCGACGCCGACAUCGCCGCCGCUUUGGUCAUGCCGCUCCAGAAGCUGUUCGAGGGCUGCGCGCGCUGCGGCGACCCCUGCGUCUCCGCCCUAAGUCAUCUGCAGUACGUGCCGCCGCGCGCGAUCACGUGCCCCUGGGACGGCGCGUCGGAGGCGCAGCCGGCGUGGGUCCGCGACGCCCUCCGGCGCCUGCGGGCCUGCGCGGCGACGGCCGCGGACCCGGUCGCGACUUAUGUGCGGGACGUCGGCGCCAUGCUUGAGCGGGAGAUGCGCGGCCGCGACUCGGCCGAGCUGUCACUAAAAAGGAACUAUGCCGAGGAUGUGCGGUCGCACGACCUUGAUGAUGAAGAGUGCGAGCUGGAGCCCGCCGACACGUCCUUGGGUCGCGCGCGCAACGCCGUCAAGAAGGGAGGAUUGGGCCCCGCGCCGCCCGCGCUCCCGAAAGAUGUCCGCACGAUCGCCCGGGAACUUAAUGAAGGCAAGACCACGAUCGAGUCCGCGUCAGCAUCGUUGGACGCCUCGCCGCGGCGCCUCUGCGCCCUGACGGAGUGCGACGCUAGCAUCGCGCGGCGGUCGCUGCUGCGCGCGUUGCAUGGCGUGCGGCGCGACACGUUGGAUGGCCACGCGGACCAAUGCUACCUGAUCGGGACGUGGUGCGAGACGCGAUGGCGCAAAAUCAAAGCUGUUUUAGAUACGCCCUGCUCGGACGCCGAGACGACCGUGGCUGUUGAAAAGUUCGUGGAAGUGGUGCCUCAGCUCAUAAAGCCUAUAUUGGCCACAGCCAGAGACGCGUCUAAUAUAGCGGAGCUCUGCGCGUUACAUGGAAGGCCCCUCAACGCCGUCGAGGGCAUGUGCAUCGCGCGAGCUGAUAGAGCGUGGGAACCAAAAGUGCUGAAAUCCUUGAAACGCGCCAAGGGUGAAUGCGUACGCAUGCGCGCGCAGCACACGGAACGUUUAGAUGAUGAUAGGGCGGAGUACGAGGAGCGCCUGGCCGAGGCCGCGGUGCUCGUGCGGAAAGCGUGCCAGUACGACGCCGCGCGAUUCCGGGGCGACGCGGCCUUCGACGGGGCCUUGAAGGCCGUCGCGAAACGGUCAACUGAUUGCAAGGACGCCCAGGAGAGCAUCGAGGCGCUGACGCAGGAACUUGCCGACUUGAACCGGCGCGAGGGCAUUCUCAGCAAAGACCCGACGCCGGCGGAUUCUCUGGAAGCGCUCGUCGACGCCUUCGAGCCCCACCGCCUCCUCGCCGCGGCUGGCGAGCACAACGUCGAGGCGACGGACGCCUUUGCCAGCAUGAGGCUCGGCGAGGCGCGCGACGAGGCCUUCCUGGCCCACCUGCAGCCGACCUAUGACUUGGCGCGGCGCGGCGGGAAAAUCCUCGCGGACCGGCAAGCAUUGCUGGACGCCGCGAACGCGAAGAAGGCUUUUAAUGAGAGACUCGUGGCGCGCGAGGACCCGGCCGUCGUCGCGGCCUGCGACUGGUGCGGCGCGGGAAAGCUCAGGGAGAGUUACGGCGACGUCGACCGCCUCGUCGACGCGCCGGCGGGCCCGGCCUGGACGAAGUCAUUGAUCGCGGCGCGCGUCGUCGCGUCGGCGGAGCGCCAGGUCUGGCUAGCGCGAUGUGUUCAAGAUUUGGAGGGCGGGCUCGACGCCGCGGCGUUUCGAGCAAAGCCCGUCGUCGACGCCGUGACUUAUGUGGUGAAGGGCCUGGCGGCCGGCGGCGACCGGGACUGGGUUGUAAAAGGAGACGAGUGCUCGACCCUCGAAAUGUGGGGCGCCGAGCUCGCUGCUUUAUUAGGCUUUCCUCUUGGUAGGGGCUUCGAAGUGCGGAGGAUCACCGAUUCCUUAGUCAAGAACCGCCACGCCGUCGCAAGGCUCGCGGACGCUGCUCACAGGUGCCGCCGGGCCCUGGCGCUGGCGCGCCGCCUCGAGGCCGUCUGGAACAAUCAGCUCUUGGACAUCGUGCCUCACCAAGUCACAAGGCCCGCGGAGCGCGCCAAGAGCGGCAAGAUGAAGGACCCCAAGGUCGUCGUCGCGGGCAACAAGCUUGUGAAGUUGGAGGCGCUGUUCAGGGCCUUCGACACGUGUCUGGUCGAGCUCGACGCCUGCCGCACGGGGCCGUUAUCAGGUGAAGGAGACAAUUCGCCUUCGGUCAUGGCCGACGCUUCUGUAAAGAACCUCGCGUCGCGAUUGCGCGCAGCCGAGGAAACGCUAGAAAGGUGGGCGACCGUCCAAGGGAAGUGGGAGGCCCUGGCUACCGUCUUUGCCGCCGGCGGCGACGCCCUAAGGAAGCAGCUGCCCCACGAGGCGGCGACCUUCUCGAAAGUCACCAGGGCCCUCGCGAAGUGCUGUGCUGCCGCGAAGGGCGUGAAUGGCCGCGCGAGGGUGAUUGAAGUUCAAGAUCGACUUGCUCCUCUGAAAAACGUAUUAGAAGACGCUUUGAUUGAUGUGGAAGAGGCCACGCGCGGUAUCCAUGACUUCGCGGAAGCUCGCAGAUUAGCUUGCGCGCGGCUCUGCAUGGUCUCGGAACAAGACUUGUGGGAUUUGUUGAUCGGCGACCCCGACCAGGACCCCCGCGAAACGAAAAGACGAGCGAGGAAAGCUGUCGUGUUGUGCUUCCCGGGCGUUUCCGACGUCCGUUUUGUGGGAGACUCGCUGAGGAUCGAGGCGUUGGUCGCGCGGCACGAGCCCUACGCGAAGAAGGCCGACCUGUCGACCUUUGACGAGGAAGAUAUCCAUGAAACGUUGGAACUCGCGAAGACCGAGGAUGUGGACGCCGGCGGCCGUUGUGAGUUGUGGCUGAACGAGCUCGAGAAAGGUAUGAAAGAGGCCGUGCAAGCUCUGACGCAAGCUUCUGCCGAGGCCAUGCUCAAGGAACCAGGGAGAGGCGCCUGGUGUUUACAACAGCAGGCGGCUUCUGGAUUGCUGGCGGCGCGGUGCGCCUUCACGGCGGAGGCCGAGGGUUUGUUGACGGACAGAGGCUUCGUGGGCACGAACGAGUUAAAGAGGAGGCAACUCGUACGCAUCAACUCCGUGGCGCGACGCCUGAAAGAAAACCACGCGAGGCACACUUUCCAGAAAUUGCAAACUUUUGCGGCCUUCGAGGUCGAAGGUCGAGACGCGGCGGAUUCGUUAAUUGAAAGCGUGUGUGCUUCCUGCGAGGACUUCGCCUGGGCUGCUCGUUUGAGGUUCUACUUCGAGAAUCCCGCGGCCAUCGCCAUGGACGGCGUGGAGGCGGGGCGCGUCGUCGCCGAGGCGGCGUUGAGUCGCCGCUUCUGCGGCGACGAGUACCGAGGGGGCGCGGCGGGCGAGGCGCUGUUCAUCACGCCGAAUUGUGAAAGAUGCAUGCUCGAGAUUCUGGCGGCGCUGCGAGUUGGUGUUACUGCGUCACUCAGCGGUGGCACCGGCAAACGGAGCCUAGCGGAGAAAUUAGGAGAAAUGCUGGCGCAGCCCGUCGUCCGCCUCCACUGCAUGGACGUGGACGAAUCGUUGUUGAGGCGCGUCUGCACGGGCCUCGAGAACGGCGGUCUGUGGUUAGUCCUCGCGGGCGUCGCCAGGGCGUCUUCUAAUGUGAUCGCAUCGCUGGCGCAGCACCUCGCCUCACUGGAAAACGCGACGCGCGCGGAGGCGCAUCAUCCCCACGAGGCCCACGGCCCGAAGCACCGGCGGCCCCCGCCCGGAUCGAGAGAAGACGGCCCGGCGGUCAUCCUCUGCUUCGACGGGUUACCGACGCGGUUCCCAGCCGCGCUGGCGGCGCGGGCGCGGCCAAUUCUGCGGACGGCGCCCGACCUUCACCGCGUCGCGGCGCUCGCGCUCGCCGCGCACGGCUUCACGUCGGCCGGCGCGAUCGACGGCGGCCGGCGGCUCGCGUCCGCCAUCAGACUUCUAGGUGACGCGAGCUGGGCGGCCGCCGCCGCGCGGACGGGGUCGGACGAAGGCGCCGCCGCGUGGUCCGCGUUGGCGGCGCUCGCGUCGGCGCGCCCGGUCCGCGUCGUGGUCGCGUGCGUGAACGCGGCGGCCGCGGCGCGCGCCGCCUACGACGAGGACGCGCUCGCGCGCGGCGACGGUCAACUUGUCGCGGCCGCCUUCGUCAAGGUCGCCCUCAAGCUUGCAUCUACCUCGGAGAACGCUUCUUUGUUAGUGCGCGAGUUGGUCCGGGACGCCUUCGCCGACUGGAGCGGCGACGUGGCACCGCCGGACGACACUGACGACGGCCGCGAAGCUGCCCGGCAGGAACUAGUCGAGGCGGGCUGCGACCCGCGGCCCGAGGCCAUUGAUGUGCUGGUCGCGGCGCGGCAGGCCCUCGCAGCGAAGCGCGCCGUCUGCGUCGUCGGACCCGCGGGCUGCGGCAAGUCGCGCGCACUCCGUUCUUUAAAGGCGACGCGCGUCUACCCGCAAGCGCUCAGUUCGCCGGACGCGCUCGACGCCGUCCUCCGGACGCGGACGAAACACGUCGACGUGCACUUGAACCGGAUCCGAGAGUGGCAAGAGUCGGAGACGUGCGAGACCGUCGUCGUCGAUGGUGUUGUUGACGGUUUGAUUGGAGAUGUCCUCUGCGCGACGCUUGAUAACAUAGGGGCGCCGACGGCGCAGGGCGCGCACCGGAGCUCAAUGAUGGACAAGCGCAUCAUCGUCGAGACGGACGACCUGUCCAACGCGUCGCCCGCGCUCAUCAAUCGGCUGCAAGUCGUGCACUACGCUUCACAUGAUGCGACGCUCGACGUGAGUUCUAGAGUUGCGCUCUUGGUCGACGACGUCAUGGCCGACGCGAUGCCUUCCCUCAAGUCAAAGCUCCAGGCCGCCAUAGCGCUGCUGGCGCCGUGCGCCUUCCAGAAGCAUGCGAGCGGGUCGUGCGCGGGGACGUUCGUCGCUCUUUUGGAUGGGUUAUUACUCGCUCCCCUACGACCGCGGCCCGGCGCGCCGCUGCCCCCGCUACGCGCCUGCGCGCGGGCGCCGGAGGUCGUGAAUAGUGCGGUGGCCUGGGCGCUCCUGUGGGCCGUUGGCUCGGUGCAACCCGAGCAGGAGCGCCUUGCUUUCGAGCUGGAGUUCGUGGCCAAGGCGCGGCCUUUGGUGGACUUCUACCCGCCCCUGCCGGAGGACAACCUUUAUGGCUACUGCCUCGAUAUUGGAAGAGCUCGCUGGGUGCCGUGGGCGGACUGUUUGCCCAAGGUCUCCCGGGCGCCUCCUCUCCCGAUUCCUUCGACACACCAUUGCGGUGCCAUCUACCUGCCGACGCCGGCCGCCGCCGCCGGGGCGCGGCUCGCGCGGCUCGCCAUGUGCAGCAACGCUUCGGUCUUGUUAAUAGACGGCAUGCGCGACGGCGACGCCGUCGCUGGGGCGCAGGCCGCGCUCCAAGGUUUGUUGGGCUGCGUCGACGGCGUCGCGACGCAGUUCGACCGCGCGCUGAUCACGACGCAGGAGGAGCUCAAAGCACAGGCACAAAAGUCGCCCAAGAAGAGGAAGAAGAAGAAGAAGCCGGGCGUCACCGAGGGCGCCUAUAUGAAAAUAGAGCUGGCGCCCCUCGAGGCCCUGGAGGGUGCCGAGCCGGUAGUUCUGCCGCCGGGGCGCGGCGAACUGCCGCCCGCCGAACGGCCCUUCGAUGCGUGUGCGGUGUAUUCGUCAUUGGGCACGACGGCCGCGGAUCUGCGGAGUGCGUUCGAGCGGUGCCUCGACCGGCGGCGGCGGGGCGUCCUCGGUGGUAUUGGUGGACCCUUAUUUGUCAGAAUGGACGACGUCGCUUUAUUACCGCGCGGGCCGUCGGAGUUUGUAAGACAGGUGCUCGACGCGCAGAGCUAUACGACUGGAGAGGGUACGAUGCGACUGGAAGACGUGUCCGUCGUCGCCACGGCGUCGGACGGGCUGCCGUUCGACUUUGAUCGAGUCGAGAAGAGGGGCGAGGUGCGCCACGCGCCCUGGUGUUUCCAGGAGAUCGCGCCGCGGCUGGCGUCGAGGAUGUGCGUGCUGCGUGUUGAUGAUGAGGGCGCGCUGGGCCUGGCGACGGCCUUCGCGUCCGUCGUAGUAGGUCAACCGGCACGCACGAUCGAUGCCUUGGCGAGGUGCACAGUGGAGCUCGUGCAGCAGUGCGCCAAAGUUGCCCGCGGUUUGGUACAGCCCGCUUCUUCUCAACAAGUUGUCCUGGACACGGGCGGCCUGCAGUACGGACGACGAGAUUUGGUAAGAAUCCUGCAGGGGUUUUUGCUCGUUCCACCGUCGAAGGCGGCCGAGCUCACGCGGCUCUGGGCGCACGAGUGUCGGCGGUGCCUCGCGGAUAGAUUAUCAGAGACGGGUUCAUUCUCAAAAUCCGACUUCGAGGACCUCCUGAAGGACGCCGCAUCUCAAGAGGGCCCGCAGGAGCUGGGCGGCCAGGAGUUUUCGACGAUUGUGCCCGAAGAUUCAGAACUUGACUUUUGCGACAUGGUGUUGCCGGAUGAAGAAGAGGGAGAGCUCGGCGCGGACCCGUACUUCACGACGGAGCUGCGCGACGAUGGGGUGGAUGAUGUCAUGCGGAAAUUAAGAGGAGAGGCGUCGACGGUCGACGAGGAGUCGGUGCCGUCGUACAUUCCGCCGCCCCGGGCCAAGCCUUAUCUCAUAGAAGCGGCACCACCUCGACGCGCCUACGCUCGCUUAGAAAAGACGCCGGUCUACGCGGCGGCCGCGCGCGCAAAGCUUUGCCACGGCGCAUUUGUGAAGGAGUCCCUGCGGGAGGAUGUUUCAAUAGCGCAUCCCGUCAGUCGGUGUAUCCAUGACGUCAUGCGCGUGGCGCGGUGCCUGCGCCGGCCGGGCGGUCACGUCGUUUUAUUAGGUGGAGCGGCGUCGGGCCGCCGCACAGUCGCGCGGCUCGCGUGCCGGUUGAUCGGCGGCGAGGUCAUGACGGCGUCGGACUUAAUAAGGACGCAGGGCUCAUCAAGUUUCCGCGAGGCGCUGUGUCAGGCUUUAAGUCGCCUCGGCGACGUCGAGCCGAGCCCCGUCGGCCUGCCGAAGCCGCCGCCGGUGCCGCCGCCCCUCCCCACGGUCAUCGAGGACGAGGCCCCGGUCGUCGACGCGCCGGCGCCGGCGCCGGCGCCAGCACCGGGGCCAGCACCGGCGCCAGCACCAUCACCGGCGCCCGCGCCCGCGCCGGCCGUCGAGGAGGCGGCGGCCCCGGCGCCCCCUCAAUCAGAACCCAAAAAGAGUCGCGCGCGGACGCCCUCGCCGGCCCGGAAGGCUCGCAAGAAGGGCAAGAAAAAGCGCGCCAAGAAGGAAGCGGCGGAAAUUCCAACAGAAGCCACCGAGCAGCACCUAUUGACGAUCGUCGUGGGCGACGACGAGCUCGGCGACGACGCCGCGGCGUGGCGCGCGCUCGCGGCCGCCAUGGUUUGUGAUGAGGCCGCGGCCACGGCCGACGACGACGACUUCGAUGCGAGUCGCACGGGGAAAGCCGCGGCGCGCGCGGCGCGCGUCCGUGGCCGCCUGCGCGUCGUCGUCUGCGCGACGGUCGGCGACGACAACCGCGCGACGGCGGCGCUGGCCGCGCGCGAGCCCGCUCUCUUUACAUCGGCGUGCGUCGUGCGCUGCGGAUCUGAUGACGCCGCGGCGCGCGCGGACCUGGCUCGUUCUAUGUUAACCGAGUGGCCAGAGGACGCGCCGCAGCUCGCGGCGGACCUCCACACGAUAUCAGCGAAAUAUGUCAAAGCGACGCCGGGCCACUUCCACGCGUUCCUGCGGGACGCGGCGCGCGCUCAUACAGCGAGGGUGGCGGAGACGGGGCGGCGCCUCGAUCGUUUGAAUAGCGCGCUCACGUGCUGGCGCGCGGCGAAGACGGCCGCGGCGCAGCUCAAGUGGGCGACGGCGAACGCCGGGCAAAUCGCGGCGCAGCAGAAGAAAGCCGCGGCCAAGGCGAAAGCGGAUCGGGAAGCGCUCGAGGGCCGCGCCUCGGAGCUCAACGACGAGUUGACCGCGGCUUUGAAGAGUGGAGACGCGGCGACGCAGGACUCAUGCCGCGAGGAGCUGGGGGCCAUCUCGCAGCGCAUGGAUGAUCUGGACGAAGCGAACAGAAAAGCGAAGGAGACGAGCCUCGCCCAGGGCGACGCGAAGGGUAUUGCCGAGCGGCGGUCCACGGUUGCCGUGCAGUUCGCCGAGGCUCUGACGGCCGACGCCGUGCGCUGGGCUUGUGAAUAUGAGGGAUUGAAAGCAGCGCGCGAGAAUGCAUGUCGAGACGCGCUCCUCGCGGGCGCGGCCGGCGCGUAUCUCGGGAGCCUCGAUCUAGAGAAGCGCUUAGAGCUCUGGGAGGCGUGGCGGAAGCGUAUCGAUGAGGUGCUUCCUCUAUCCGAACCGGCGGCGCUCGAGGACGCCCCGCAACAACCUUCCCAUGGUGACCAGGACCCGGACGCGUUGACGGUCGCGACGCUCGGCGCUUUGAGAGAUACGCUCGAGUGGCGGCUGGGCGCGGUCUACGCCGACGAGCCCGGGAGCGGCGUCUCGGCGGCCUGCACGUUACUGUGCGCGCGGUGGCCCUUACUGAUCGACCCGCUGCGCGUCGCGCGGAAGUUCAUCAUGCGAUGCGCCGUCGCCACGGGGCCGCAGCGCGGCACGUUCGUCGACGAGGAGACGGGCGAGCGGGAGCCGGGCGUGCUCUCGUGCCGGAUAGGGCACGCGGAUUUUAGUGAAACGCUCGCGGACGCCUUGCAUGGCCACUGGCUCAUCGUCGAGGGAGUGGGGGAGGCGCUGCUGCCCUUCGAGCUCCUCCCGGUCGUGCAAGGCGGCCGGGCGGUAGCUCCGAAAAAUUUCAACCUCUUUCUGAUUGCAGAUGAUGAUUCUAUAUCUGCGAGAUUGCGAGGCUGCUGCAACGUCGUCAAGAUCAACCCGAGUGCGGCGUUAUCUUCACGUGCCAUGUGGGAGUGCGUCGCGCAGCACGAGCUGCCGUCCCUAGCAAGCACGUUGGAUCGGCUCGCGUUCAAACGGGCCGUGGCGGACCGCCAAGCCCAAGCGGCCGAGGACCGGCUCUUCGGCGCCCUUGUCACCUGCGCGGCGCCGACGGACGGCGAGGCGAUUGGAGGAGAUCACGACGCGAUCGGUACGAAUGCGAUCGCCGAGGAACUCAAAAACGCCGAGGGGCGCCUGGCCGCGGCGAAGCCCGACUUCCAGGCCGAGAUGCGCAAGCACGUCCACGUCUGGAAGCUCUGCGGCAGGGAUCGCCGCGGUCCCGGCAUUGCGGCCCAUUUGUUCGACGACCGCGAGGUGCUCAUGGACGCCGAGGAGACGAUCAAGGACCUGGGGUUCAAGCGGGGGCAGCUGGCGGAGAUGCGGGAGGAGGACCGGCAAGGGAGGAUUGCAUUGGCACCUUUAAGGCCGGUCGCGGCGCGGUUGGGGGCCAUGUGCCUCGCCAUCGGAUCGGAUCUCCUCUUCCAGAGCGCCGGUCGAGCCAUCGCGUCGCUCAACACGCCGGCGCGACUGCCUCCCAAAGCGCCUACGAAAGAAAACGAAGAAGAGAAGGUCCACAAACGCGUCGCCGCAGUUCGUAAAGCCGUCGUCCGGGCGGCGUCGGCGGUGGCGCUCCGCGGAUGUCUCAGUAAAGAACUCACCGCGCUCAAGGCGCGCUUGUGUGCCCGGCCGGACUGGAGCGACGCCGAACGAGAUGAAUGGCGCUUCGUGCUUACCGGCGAGGUCGGGCCCGCGACGGAUCCGGUCGAGGAGGAUUUCAUGGCGCUCAAGAGUGGGAAUAAUCUCGUCGGCGGCGCGAAACGGCGGCUGGAAGACCUCAAGCUCGCGCGCCGGGCGUCGUUACCGAACGAGACGCGCUGCGGCCACUGGCUCUUCGCAGCGGACGCGCGGGCACGAGCCAAGGCCUGCGGCACACUUCCAGCGCUCGCGGGGCUCGAGAAGACGCUCGAUAAUUGGGAGAAGGUCCUGGAGUCGGCGACGCCUUAUGAUGAAGAGUUCCCGAGCCCGUACGCGGAUUUAACCCCGCUGCAGCGGCUCUGCGUCAUACGCGCGGUCCGCUUCGACGCGCUAGCUGCGGCGCUCGAGGCCUUCGCGGCGGCCGAGCUCGGUCAAGCUGAGGAAGAUUCUGCCCUCGAAAAAGCAGCUUCACUGGACGACGAAUCGGCACCGCCUAUCAUUCUGCGCGUCUCGCCGGAGGCCGACGACGGUCGCGAGGCGCUGCAGCGCGUCGCGGACGCGAACGGCGUUAGGCUAGUGGUCGUAGGCGCGGACUCGCACGCGGCCCGCGCGGUCGCCCAGGCGGCCUCGGAGGGCGCCUGGCUGCUGGUGACAGACUGCGCAACUGCAUCUCCUGAAAUCCUAUCUGCGGUGGCUUGGGCCGCCGUCGACCAGCCGCUCGUCGAGCGAGGCGUCGCGGGCAAACCGGCGCACGCGACCUUCCGGCUCUGGCUGAGCGUCGUCGAGGACGUUAGCGAGGAGUCACAUGUCGACUCGCUCACAUCGCUAAGGUUGGUGUCCGCGCCGUCGGUCAAGGCGGUGCCGCAGGCGCUGCUCGCGGCGUCGACCGUCGUCGCGCUCGACGCGCCGCGGACGCUCGCCGAGUCCGUCGAACGCACGACGUCACUCGUUGGUGAUGAUGAAGGCAUAUCAGAAGCGGCCUUGCGGUGCGCGACGACUCUGGCGGUCUGCGGCGAGCGGCGCGAUGCCCUCGGGUCCCUGGGUUGGAACGGUGGCGGCGUGUCGCAACUCUCAGGGGCGGCUUCUCACGCCAUCCAAGGCGUUUGGCCUUUUAUUGCGCCCGAAAUUACUCCGCCGGGCCGUCGGUCGCUGCUCAAAGCCGUCGGCCGCGCCGUCAAAGGCGGGAGGUGGAAGGAAUUGCAAACUCUCAUUGUGGGCAUCGGAGCGACUAGCUGUGGCGGUGACGUGGACCAGCGGUUGCUGGAAUUCGUCGCUAAGUCGAUCGGCUCGACGAAAGCACAGCAGUUGCUUGAUUGGCCCGAGGACGCCACGACGUGGACGACGGCGGAGCUGCCCGAGAAACGAGCUGCGGAGGAGGUCGGCGGUGCGCCCAUUCUUGCUGCCCUUCGCGGCAGCGCUGAAUCUGCGUCAGCGACGUCAAAGGCGGCACGAGCCGGUUCCUACUUCCCCGAGACCGUGCUCGACGACGUCCGGCUCGCGGCGACGCUCGACCUGUGCUUCAAGGCGGCGGACGUCUUCGGGCCCAGGCUCGACGAGGAGGCGCCCCGCCAGGUGUCCUUGGAGCCCGACGAUGCGCCCGUCGCCGACGAAGCGCCCGGCGCUGCAGCGAGGCCCGACGUGAAAGCGGCCGUCGGUUCCGUCGAAGAAGAUAUUGUGGCCAUGUGCACCAAGCGGCGCGAACAGGCCUUCAAGGCCGCGUGCGCCUGGGCGCGACGCACAAAAAAUGCGAAGCCCGAUGAGCCUGAUUAUACCGAGGCGCCGGACCCACCGACGGAGUUCGACGGGAUAUUGCUGCGGGAGCGUGAUAGACUGCGUAUUUUGGCUUCCAAAGUCUUCGCGGACGUGGCUGCUUUACAAAGUUCGCUCGUGGGCUCGGCGCCAGCGAGUGACGAGGAGCGCCUACGUUUGGGAGAUGUUGCUUCGUCGCUGCGGCGCCUCGAAAUACCCGCGGCCUGGCGCAACGCAUCGGCGCCACCGGAAACGAUGGCCUCGCUCGGCGAUUGGUUCGACCACGUGAAAGCCAGAGCGCGGUUGCUCACAGGUUGGUACGAAGCCCUGGCGCCGCCGAGUCCUAUUCCUUUAGAUCUACUCGCGGAACCAGCUGCCGUUGUGCACGCAGUGCGGUUGCAGGCGGCGCGCCACUGGGGCGUCCCGCUCGACGAGGUCUGGCUCGACUCGCGGGCCAAGCCCGAAGAGGACGAUGAUCAGAGCGACCUCGACUCGUUCAAGGGCGACGAGGUGUCCCGGUCGCGGGCGUCGACGCCGGCCGCGAGCCGCGCGGCGACGCCCGGCGAUGAUCUCAUAGAUGAGAAAAUGCCGGUCGAGCCACCCAAACUAGUCGUAUCAAUCACGGGCAUGACGAUAGAGGGCGCGCGCUGGGACCAGUUCGCGCCGGACGGCGGGGCGCUGCGGGAGUGCGAACGCAUCGACGGGCCGUUUGAUCCGGCGCCGGUGGUCAGUCUCAUUCCCCUCGCCCGAGAAGCCUUCUUCGAUGAGGACGAGGAGGCCGAAAGACUCUCGCCAAAAGGCGUGUACCGCUGCCCCGUCUUCGCGUCGACGCGCCACACGGAGGUUCUGUUCUGGAUCAACCUGAAAGCAUACGAAAAUACCGCGGAGCGAAAUCGGACGGCGUCCGAAUGCCUCUCGCGACCGGAACGCGACGCGGGCAAGGUGCUGGACCAGCCGUUCUUCAUUGUCCGAGGCGUCGCCGCAGUGCUCGCUGUGCCGCCGGCGACGGUUAUCGUGGACACUUAGUUUGUGGAGUAAGAUACUCUUUGUUAUUAA